AUGAACCCCCACCAAAAGAACAAGGUCGACAUCAGCUCCCUCUCUCCCGACGAGCAACGACUCUUCCGCCUUUAUGGCAAGCUCCCCUCCAAGUCCGAUCACCUUGCCAAACACCUCAAGGAGCGAAAGUAUUUCGACUCUGGUGACUACGCUCUCUCCAAGGCUGGCAAGGCAAGCUCAGUCGACACGGGCAGUGUUGGCUCCCAGCACCCUCUCCCCGAAAACAUCCCGCACCUGUCCUCUCCCGGUGUAGGAGCUGCAAGCCAAGGAGGCAGCGGGAAUGGCAACAUUCAACACGGAGGCGUUGCUGGUCUUCAAAGUGGUAGCCCGGUGAAGGAGAGCAGCUUCUUGAACCGGGAGACAAGUGUAGACGAGUUGGAUGAGAAGGAGAACAAGGCCGAGAGAGCAAAUGACAGUGUCAGCCCACCGCCGGCGAAGGAAGGCAUUCCGAUCAGAAGAUAG